AUGGAAUUUCUCAAGACCUGCUCCACCAAUGCGCAAGUCAUCGGAGACUUUGAAGCCGUCGCAUACCAAGCCGUCUCCGUCGCCCGCAACCCCCAGUCCGCCCCGCCGCGCGACGGGAGCUCCGAUGAGGACACGCGCGCCGUCGAGGCUGCCCUGCGCGACCGCCAGCUGUUCGUCGCACGUGACGCCGCCCGCCCGUGGCUGUGGCUGUUUGCCCCGACCACCGCCGACCAGGCUGGCGCGCCGCCGCCCGACCUGCCCGCCGUCGACGGCUAUCUGAUCCAGCGCGAGCAAGCAGGCUUCACCAAGGCCCUCGAAUUCGCCCGUCCGCCGCUAUCCGCCCGCUACCCCACCGCCGCCUCCUACGCCGCCCUGACCGCCGCCCAGAACAAAGCUGCCGCCGCGAAUGGACGCUCGCCGCCGGGCCAGCCCAGCGCGCCCGAGCAGCCGACCCUGGACUGCUUUGCCGUCUAUGACCUAUUCAUCUCGUCCGUCAUCGCCCUCGUCACCCGGGAGCUCGUCAAAACCUGCGCCGUGACCUCGCUCAACUACCGCACCUUCGUCUCCAAGCCCGUCUCCCAGCCCCGCGACCGCCUCGACUCUCCCAGCCCCCACUGGCUCACCAGCAUCGACGUGCACUGGGCCAGCUCCGGCACCCUUGUCGUGUCGACCUUCACCGAGCCCAGCAACGACAUACACAGUCUCGACGACGUCGCGUCUGAUGUCGACCUCAAGCAGCUCGUCGGCAGCAUUGUGCGAGUUGCCCCGAACGGCGCCCUCGGCAGGAUCAUGACCUUUGACGACCCCUUGCACUUUCUGCUAGACGACACUGGCCUCCGUCGACGGAAACGAUCCAGGAGAAGCAACCUGGAGCAGAGCGUAGAAAAAUGGAAGAGCACUGUCAAACGGUGGUUGGCGUGGAAGGGCUACCAUCUGCCCAAUCUUGCUGAUGCCAGUGCCUGGGUCAGGCUCCGGACCGCGCUCAACACCCAGCCAGCAGCAGCCAGCUCAUUCCUCGUGUGCUCAGAGCAGGACGUGCUAUGGCCCCGCGCGUUGUGCUACUACCACAAAACCUCGGAUGUAGCUGCGCCUGGAGAUGCGUCCAGCAAAAUUGGCACCCCCGAGAGUGUUCUGCAGUGGUUCGAGGGCAACGACUCGGCCGGCUUCAGAGAUCCCUAUGACGUCGCUCAGGACUGGUUCGCGGGAAAGACGGAGCGGGACAGAGCCGCAGACAACCUCCGCAAAGCCAAAAAGGCAAAGGAAGAUGCUCUGCACCGCAAAGAAGAGGUCCCGGGUCUCUUUCCCUCCUCGCCGCUGAACACGCGCAUAGGCACCUACGGCGAGUUGCAGCCAGUCAGCGGCGUCUACCCAACCCCUCCAGACGGCGUUGCACCCGGCGCCUCCAUCUUCACCAGCGACACCACAGGCGUCACGUGCGCGCCUUCCAACGUCAUCCUCGCGCCCGGCGGUACCAACCCUGCCAUCAACCUGUCCGCACCAGCAGAGACGCCGCAGCAGCCUGCAACCUCCCCAGCGCACGCGACCGACAGCGAAAACUUCGCCGCAUCCAACAACGAUGAUUUGUUUGGAGACGACAUGGACGAUGGAUACGAAGAGAACGCUGUUGGAGAAGACGACUUUGACUUUUUCGACGGGCCAAACGACGGAGACGUGGACAUGGCCGACGCUCCGCCUCCCGCUGACACAAAGAUGGAAGCGCCCCCAAUCGUGGAAAAGGAGGAACCAGCUGUCAAGGCAGACGAUCAGGAAGACGGCCUUGACCAUUUAGCCGCGCUGGAGAAGAUGCUUUCUGCAUCCAGCCAGCCGCCUAUAGAAACGCCGCAAAAGACAGAAGAAGAAGUAUCGUCUGUUAUUGAUCACGACGUCAAGCCACACGCCGACCCGGACACUCAAGUCCACGAGCAGCCGUUGGAGAAAGCGCCCACACCUCCACUAAGUCCGGUCACAAUACGACAGGCCCUCAAAGCUUCGCCAAAAAAGGCUCUGACCGUUGACAUACCACAAGCACAGACCGAACUCCGACGAAGCAGCGCCUUUGGCCCGUUGUCGUUCAGCCGCAAGAUGAGCGCCGCCGACGCCAAGUAUCAAGAUGGACGCUACGGUGUGCAUGCAGACGAAGCAGGCCAAGCCCCCUCCGCAGCGGGACCGACCCGGCCAAAGAGCUUGCGAGACGUCCCCCUGCUGACCAAGCUCCGGUACGCGGCUGCAGUUGCGUCUGCCAACAAUCUCCCCAGGAUUACACCCUCCAUUCAAGGUGUCGAUGAUUCGGACUCGGAAUCAGAGUCUGAGUGCGUGAGCUCUGAUGUGUCUGAUGAAGACGACGAGCAGGCUUCACCUCCAGUCUCAACACCCUUCACCGGCGGCCCCCUCGUUCCGGCAAAGAGGAAGCUACCAACGGAUGGGAAUGCCACACCUAUGUCUGUGACCUCGUUUGCCGAGUCGUUUGGCGGGGACCUGCUCGAGCUUCAGAACCUGCAGCUCGACGACAGCUCGCUCCUCACGUUCGAGUCCAGCAGCUGGGACUGGUCUUUGGUGAAGCUCUCUCCACCCAUAGAACGGCCGUCGGCUGGCGCACGCUACAGCAUGCCGCUCUUCCCGCACCCUGUCGGCCAGGUUCCCGACACACCCACCUCUCAGCCCGACCAGACGUUCGACAUGCCCGAGGACAAGCAUAUGAGCGGGUCGGACAACGUCAAUGUCGCGCAAAUGGUUACCGAGCAGGUCAUUUCGGCGACCCUCGAUAUUCUAGGCGAGGACGCGCUAAAAACAUCACAACAUGCUCGCAGUUCAACGGAGCUGCGCUGGGCGGCGGUCAUCAAGAGCGUGUUUCCAAAAGCUGUCGAUUGCACGCUGCCCGCCUUGGCCGCAGUGAACGAUGUAUUCCCCGACAUAUCAGCGCACGCAAAGGGACAGAGGGCGCCCGCCCGGAAGCCGAACGAGCCACCGCCCGUGCCUGGCAGCCAGAUGUACCUCAUCAACCCGCCAUUCAUCCGAGUCCGGCGCGGAGAAACCCCCUGGGAUCUGUUGCCCCCUGCCAUUGCGUUUUGGGAACCGCUCGGGCUGGCCCCCGUCAACGGGCCGAAGAAUGUCGUCGCAUUCUGUGUCUACCCCCACAGUGACUCGCUCAGGCCGUGCUUGGAAAGCUUCCUUCUCCACAUGCAGCUCGCCUACGACAGCUGCAAGCUCGGAACCCACACGCGAGUGGAGACUGUGAGCGAGUACGAGAACGGGCUGGUGCCUUGUAAGAUCCCCUCGCCUGCGGCUCCUCGUGCUGUGUACAAGGCGCUGCGUAAUACCUGCAUCCAACUCGGAAAGGUCCUGUCCGCACGGCACGCCAACAUCCGCGAGCAGCACGAGUCCAAGGUCGACGCCUUCAUCAUCUACAUGAUCAACCCCUUCGACGAUCCGUCCGCCCUGUGGGAGCUGUGCGCCUCGUUUUGGACGCUGUUCCAGACCUACGGCCAGGGGUCGGUCCAUCCCAGCCAGCCACAGAAGCCGGACCUCGUCUUGCAGAUCAUUCCCAUCAAGUACAUCGCCUCCUUCGACCACCCCGUCAUACUCUCAAGCAACACCUACAUCGACCUCGCGCGCGAGGUCUACAACCGCAGCCCGCCCAGCGCGGAGCCCGAGGACAAGACGCCGCUGCCAAUCGCCUCGGCUCCGGCGUUCCAGCUCGAAGAGCCCAUUCCGCGCAAUGUCCCGUUCAAGCUGCAGUCCGAUCCGCCACAGGAUCUGCUGAGGGAAAACUCAUACAUGCACCUCGCCUACGCGAUAAGUCUGGAUGGCACGUGGCUGACUGCGGCGUGGACGGACAGCUGCGGGAAGAGCCAGGCCACGAGCACGUACCACCUCGGGACACGCCCGUUCAACGAGCUGGCAAAGGAGAUAUGGACGACAACCGUCUCGAUCCUGCAGGCGAGGAAAGUGCACUGGCGGGUGUGCAUCGCGCGCGCCGGGGUCAUGGACCGGGACGAACUCGAGACAUGGGUGUAUUUGAUUUCGUGCCCGACGUCCCUCAAUCUCUUCAUCACGCUCCUCACCGUCGACACCCAGCCCCCCUACAAACUCAUCCCCACACCCCCGGCCUCGGCCCAAGCCAACCCCGACACCCCCACCGCCACCCCCGGCGUCUCCCCCGACCCCUCCCUCGGCCUCACCCCCGCCGCCACCCCCUCCGCCGAGCCCCCCACCGACCCAACCCAGGACCCGGACGCGCGCCUCGUCGACAUCACCGACGAGACCUGGGGCGUCAUCCUCGCGCACCGCCUGCACAACUCGCACUCUACCAACCACUUCAGCCCGGCCCUCAUCUCCGGGCUGCUUGUAAAACGCGGCCCCGCGCCGCACACCCGCGCCCCCGGGCCCCGCGCCCUCGCAGUCAAUAUCCUCUGGAUCGGCGCCGUCGGCUCGUCGCGUCCGCCCUCCAGUCCCUUCCCGCCCACCCCCGGCGCCGCGGACACGCUCCCCGGCGCUACACCGCAAUCCCAGGGUAACCCCCAGGGUACCCCGCAGGCCAAUCCGCAGGCCCACCACACGAGUAGUCUCAUGUGGACGCCCACGCCGCAGACGCGCGCGACGGCGGAGAAUCUCCUGAAGGAGAUUCUGCAGCAGUUUAGGGGCUUGGGGUUGCUGGGGCGGCUGAGGGGGGUGAGGGGGGGUUGGGGGGUGCCGUGGCAUGUUGGGGUGUGUGAGAGGGGGGUUGAGGGGCUGGGGAGGGUUUGUGGGGGGAGGGUGUGA